CUUCUGGCACUGCUCUACGCGUCCACAAUACCGACCAUACCGUUGCUCAUGGACUGGAUUAACCUCAAGAUGCCUGUCCUCUAUUUCUAUACCGCCCCCACCGCCGACCCGUAUCUGAUCCCAGCGUUGAUGUUAACCAUCGCGUGUCCGGUUCUGUGGCACCAGUACUCUGUAAUCGAUACAAAUCUAAAUAAGAGAUAUAUCUUCUCGUAUGCGUUGAAAGCGAUGGCAAUUCUGUCGUCAAUUAUAUGUCAAAUGAAUUACUGGAAUAUAUCGCUAAUUAUAUGCGUUUCGGUGUUUGUGGUGAGCGGUCAGCACCUCAUGGACUGGUACUUCAAUCGACAUCUAAAGCGUGAUUGA